UAGGGCUUUAGCGGGAAUGGGGCGAGGGAGAGGAGGGAAGAGAGGGCGCACGCAGCGCAGGGAUUUUCGCGAUGGCCGCGAGAAUGUGUGGAAGAAGCCCCGGGAGCAGGGCGAUGGCGAUGGCGAUGGCGGCUGGGCGCCGUUUGUCGUGGAAAGUCCCGCAUUUGAGGAGUAUUACAAGAAGCAAGGAAUUGUGCCCGAGAGUGAGUGGGGGCAAUUCAUGGCGUGCUUGCGCAAGUCUUUGCCGACGACCUUCCGGAUCAAUGGAGGUGGACAGUAUGCUGAAUGCAUUCGAGACCAAAUGCGGCGAGAUUUCUUUGAUUGUUUGAAGGAUGAAACCGAGAUUGAUGGCGAAGUGAUUGAACCUCCUCGGCCACUUCCCUGGUAUCCGAACGAUCUCGCCUGGCAUUUGAGUUUUUCGAGAAGGCAGCUCCGCAAAGCUUCUAUACUGCAAAGAAUACACGAAUUUUUGAAGGAGGAGAAUGAGUUGGGUAAUAUCACGAGGCAAGAGGCUGUUAGCAUGGUUCCUCCUCUAUUCCUGGAUGUGAAACCGAAUCACCGCAUUCUUGACAUGUGUGCAGCACCUGGUUCUAAAACUUUUCAACUUCUGGAAGUCAUUCACAAGGACGAUCAGCCGGGAGCUUUGUCCCAAGGAAUGGUCAUAGCCAACGACCUGAAUGUCCAACGUUGCCAUCUUCUUAUACAUCAGACAAAGAGAAUGUGUAGUCCAAAUAUUCUUGUUACGAACCACGAGGCUCAGCACUUCCCAGGGCUAAAGAAGAAAAAACUUGAAGUCGAUGUGAAGGACAAGGAACCUUCGAUAGGAGAUGAUAUGGGAUUAUUGUUCGAUCGCGUAUUAUGUGAUGUACCGUGUAGCGGAGAUGGUACCAUGCGCAAAGCUCCUGAUCUCUGGAAAAAAUGGAGCCCCGGCAUGGGGAAUGGUUUGCAUUGUCUUCAAAUACAGAUUGCUAUGCGAGGUGUCGCAUUGUUGGAAGUCGGAGGGCGUAUGGUUUAUUCAACAUGUUCUCUCAAUCCAAUAGAGGAUGAAGCGGUUGUCGGAGAGAUCCUUAGACAAAGUGGUGGCUGUAUGGAGCUGCUCGAUGUUUCGUCCGAGCUUCCAACGCUGAGGCGAAGGCCUGGCUUAAAAUCUUGGAAGGUGCGAGGACGCAGAAGAUGGUUUUCCUCUUACCAUGAAGAUAAAUUUCGAGCUGUUCUACCCAGCAUGUUCCCAUCUGGAAAGAGAAUGGCCCAAAUCACACUAGAGAGAGAGGGGGACAUGGACAGUGGAAAUAACGUCGAGAACCCCUCUGAAGGAGCCACUGAGAGCGAAGCAGAGGUAUCAGAGUUCCCUCUUGAGCGCUGCAUGAGGAUUUUGCCGCAUGAUCAGGAUACAGGCGGGUUUUUUAUUGCCGCUUUCCAGAAAGUGGGACCAUACAAACGCGUUUCAAACAGCUUCUCCGGGAAGAAGUCUCGUGGCCGUGGAAAGGCUCCGCAAGAGGCCGAGGAAAACGUGGACAACGAUACGGAGAAUCCUGAGGCUGUUGAUAACGAUAACGAGCCCGAUAACGCUCAGUCGGCGGAGCUCGAGCUCGACAGCCAGAGGGAGAAUCGAAAACAACAGAAGCAGGGCCCCUGGCACGGGGUUGAUCCCGUCUUAUUCCUGGAAGACGACCAAAUCAUCCGCAGCCUGGCCUCGUACUAUGGCAUCCAGGAAUCGCUGCCACUUUCAGGCCACUUGGUGGUGAGAAGCGAGGACACUUCCCGAGUGAAAAGGAUUUACUACGUCUCCAAGUCCGUGGGCGACGUGGCCCGGCUAAACUUUCGGUCUGGCCAGCUGCUCAAGAUCACCUCCGCUGGUCUGAAGAUCUUCGAGCGGCAUUCGAACAAGGAAGAUGCGUCCUCUUGUAACUUUCGGAUCGCCUCAGAGGGCCUGCCACUCCUCCUACCGCAUCUAACAAAGCAGCUCUUGUACGCAACCAAGGACGACUUUAAGUUGCUGCUAUCGCCCAGUGCCGUCCCGUUCGUAGCGUUUAAGGAUCCGGCGUUCACGUCCGCCAUGCAAAGCCUCCUCGUAGGAUGCUGCGUGGUUGUGCUCAAAGAUUCCGUUGGAACGAACGAUGUAACCGCGGUUGGCUGCUGGAGGGGGCGGACGAAUAUGAGCUUGCUGGUGCCAAGAGUGGAAGCGGAUCAGAUGCUCAAGAGACUCUUCCCGGAAGAAGUUGAAGCUGGUGAUCGAACUUCCAAUCCAGUAAAUGCAAACGAGGAUGACACACUCGAAGAACAAAAAGGUGAUGAAAUGGAUGAGCACACAAUCGAGGAGGACGAAGGAGAAGAAAAGGGUGACGAAAAGGAUGGGCGGCACACACUCGAAGGACAAUAACAAAAACUUCAUGACACACACACACACAUGCUAGACUUGUUUUGGAUCUUUGUGUUGAUUAAACACAGGAAACUAUGAUGUUUUGGACUGGA